UGAGAGAGAUUCAGAUUUGGGGAUCAUCUUCUUUGACAUCUUCAAUUCAUUCCACCCCUGAAUACUGUCAUAGUUGUUGAAUGAGAUUGAUGCCACUGCAGGAGGAACAACGCUGCGGAAUGCAGAUACUGCUGUAACAUGAAAGUCCGUUUCUUUAGUAGGCCUGGGCUUGUUCCUGCCAAUCCUGUCUUUUCCAUUUAACAACAAAGGGUGGGUCCUCUUGCAUGGUGAUUGUAUUGACACAGAAUGAGCAGAAACUGCCAGGAAAUUGAGCGAAAAGUUCUUCGUCUUCUUCAUGGUCGCAAUACUCGCACCCAAAUCACCCAAAUUCAUGCCUAUUUCCUUCGCCAUGCCCUCCAUCAUUCCAACCAGAUCCUUGCUCACUUCGUCUCCAUUUGCGCUGCUCUACAUCGAAUGUCUUACGCCACUCGUGUCUUUUACCAAACCCGUAAUCCCAAUAUUCUCCUCUUCAAUUCCAUGAUCAAAGGCUUUUCUUUAUGUGCCCCUUAGCAAUCUGUCCACUUUUUCUCCAUUAUGAAAACCCGUGGUAUUUUGUCUGAUGAGUAUACUUUUGCGCCUUUGCUUAAGUCCACUUCAAACCUCGGGGACUACAUACUUGGCCAGUGUGUUCACGCCCAGGUUAUUCGAGCUGGAUUUGAAAGCCAUGGUUCCAUUCGCAUUGGGUUGGUGGAAUUGUAUACAACUUGUGAGAGAAUUGGAGAUGCCGAGAAGGUGUUUGAUCCAAUGUUUGAUACAGAUGUAAUUGUUUGUAAUUUGAUGAUUCGUGGGUUUUGUAGGACUGGCUCUUUGGAAACAGGUUUUAAGCUUUUCAGAUAUAUGAAGGAACGCAGUAUUGUUUCUUGGAAUAUCAUGAUUUCUUGCCUAGCACAAUAUAAGAAGGACCGAGAAGCCCUUGAACUUUUUCAUGAAAUGUUGGAACAGGGCUGUGAACCAGAUGAUGCAACUGUGGUCACUAUUCUGCCUGUUUGCGCUCACCUAGGAGCCUUAGAUUCUGGGAAAUGGAUCCAUUCUUAUGCCUGUUCCAGAGGGUUUCAACGAGAUGUCAUUGCUGUGGGAAAUUCACUUGUGGAUUUCUAUUGCAAGUCUGGAAAUCUUGAAGUUGCUUGGAGCAUUUUUAAUGAAAUGCCUCACAAAAAUGUUAUUUCUUGGAACGCCAUGUUAUCUGGGUUGGCUUAUAAUGGGAAGGGUGAAGUGGGGGUUGACUUGUUCCAGGAGAUGAUAGAGAAGGGCGUUAGCCCGUCUGACUCGACUUUUACCAGUGUUUUAGCUUGUUGUGCUCAUGCAGGCUUAGCAGAUAGAGGGCUUGAACUCUUUGCUUGGGUGACUGCAAAAUUUGAACUUCAGCCAAAACUGGAGCAUUAUGGCUGCGUUGUAGAUCUUCUUGGACGUUGUGGACAGGUAUGGGAAGCUCAUGAUUUGAUCAGAAGCAUGCCCAUGAAGCCUACAGCUGCCUUGUGGGGCGCAUUGCUUAGUGCUUGCCGCACUUAUGGUAAAAGGAAACUCGCAGAAAUUGCAGUAAAAGAGCUUAUCAAUCUGGAACCAUUGAAUUCUGGCAAUUAUGUGUUAUUGUCAAAUAUUUAUGCAGAAGAAGGAAAAUGGGAUGAGGUUGAAAAGGUUAGAUUACUGAUGCGGCAAAACAGCAUCAUGAAAAGUCCUGGACAGAGUGCAACUGGUUAGUUGCAAGUUUGAGUUAGUUGAGGAAUGGCUUUGUUUCUUGGUCUUCACUAACUACAUGAAUUAUCGAUUUUCAUGCUCAAAGAUCGUGCUAGGGAAACGGAAGAGGUUGCAUGAACACUGUCUCUCAUUGUCUUUACUAUUAGCCUCAUGUGCAAUAAACCAGAAAAGUGCAUUCAACUUCACAAUUUCCCAAUAACAAUGUUUGAUGAGCCAAAGAUGGAGACGUGCUGCUUUGAAAGAGGUUGAAUGAACCCUAUCUCUCAUCGCUUGCUAAGAAACUUUGAGGAUGCUAAGGACACUUUCAUGUUCGUAUGGGACUAAUCUCUAAGGCAGACCAGAAGGGCAUGGCAGUUAAGAAAGAAACUACCAAUGUCAGGUUGAAAAUGGAUGUAAUUAUUGUGGUCGAUGAGGAUUCUAUAUUUUAAGGGGUCUGAGACGGCUCUGCAUGCUUAUCAUUCUUAGCUAUAAUUACAGGUUAAUCUGCAUCAUUAACUUAUUCGUAUUACAUCUCCUUGAACAGAAGAUCGGUAGGUAAUUUCUUCUGUAUCGGGCUGAUUAUUUGUGAUUCAUAUUACAUCAUACAUGUAAUACAUUUACCAAAUUU